GUGCAAGGGCAGGAGCUCCAGAGCCAUGAGAGUGGGGCACUGCAGCAGGCCCCAGCACAGACAACCUGUCCCCAAGCUUGGUCUCAUGCCUGCCCCCUUGUCUUGCAGGGACAACCCAACAUGGAGAACUGCACCAAAGACUACGACGUGCGGAAUGGCAUUACACUGUUUCAGUUUACAGUCUACAUCCCAGUGCUCUCUUUGGGGAUCCCACUGAACGCGACUGCCUUCUGGGUCUUCUGCUGCAAACUCAAGAGGUGGACCGAGACCAGGGUGUACAUGAUCAACCUCAUAGUCGCAGACAGUUUCCUGCUGUUUGCCCUGCCUUUCUUGAUAUAUUUUACCACAUAUGAGCAUCCCAUAGACAACCUGUGUUUCACCAUACAAACGAUCUACUUUACAAACAUGCCUAUGAGCAUCCUGAUCAUCACCUUGAUAGCGAUCGAUCGAUACAUUGCAAUCAAGUUCCCUCUAAAAGCAAAGAUUCUUCGAUCCCCACUGAAAUCAGCAUCCAUCUGUGGGGCCCUUUGGAUAAUACUAAUGAUUUAUUCCUACUUGCAUCCACAAUUUCAUAACAAAAAGGAAAAAUUCUGCUUUCGGAAACAAUCUACUCAACCUAGUUAUACAUUGUUAGUGUCCGUCAUCUUUGGCUAUUUUAUUCCCUUAGUGAUUGUGACUUUUUGUUCAGUACAAGUCAUCAGAUGUCUCAAGAAGAAGAUGGUCACGAGUCCUCAUGAGACAAAAUUAAUCCAGAAAGCAAUCCGCAUUAUUUCUGUGAACCUGUGCGUGUUCACUGUAUGUUUUGCACCCUUCUACAUUGCCCUGCUCUCGCGGUUUGCAGUGGAUGUCGCUGGAGCUUGUUCUCUGCUCUCAGAAGUUAGUGCCUGUGUUCACAUCUGUGCAUGCUUAGCAAACUCUAACUGCUGUUUGGAUGCAUUUUGUUAUUACUUUGCAGCUAAGGAAUUCCAAGAAUUUCCUUCUCUGUUCCCCACUUGCCUAUCGAUGAGGUGCAAGGUGAACCAAAGCCAAGAAUCCCAGUCACCCACAGAUCAAGUCAUGACAUAAACAAGGUGUAGCACACUACAGGUAUUGAGAGCCACAGGGCUGCUGAAGUUUUGAGGCAGAGGGAAUAGGACCAUCUACAGUAUUUGCAAUCAUUGUAGCUACAGGCAUAGCUGCAAAAAGGGGCAAUCCCUUCCAAGGGGUCUGAUAUUAACUUGAAUUUUGUCCUUCUGUCCUCAGUGACUUGACUCCAGCCUUGACCAUAGUCUUAGACCACUGUAUUGCAGCUUCAAGAGGGAGAGCAUAUGGGAUGGAGAAUAGAUGACAAGGCCACUGUUUCCACCAUGCACUUAUUUGUACAUAACAUGCAAUUAAACAUAGGAAACAGGACCCAUACAGCAAUACACAAAUCCACUUCUGGUACUGUUAUACAGAUGGUCACUUAAAACCAAG